AUGAAAAGAAGAAUUAAUUUUAUUCACACCAAUGAUAAAAAAAAAUUCAAGAAGUAUGAUGAAUACGAUUUCUCUAAAAGAAGGAUAGGAUUCUCAGAAAAGGAAAUUAAAAAAAUUAGAUAAAGUAUCAGAUUUCUUAAACUCGCACAGAUUGGAUAUAUCAAUUAUUAAUAAUUUCGUGAAAGUUUAGGGAUCAUGGGAUUAGCUAAUGCUGAAUUUUUGAGUCUAAGAUUAUUUCACGUGAUCGACAUAGAAGAUUCCAAUAAAAUAACAUUUGAAGAUUUCUUAAACUAUCUAAACAUACUUGUCAACGGAAAUAAACAAUAAAAAGCAGAAAUGAGCUUUCGAUUUCUAGAUAUUACUGACACAGGGAGAAUUCUAUAAAAUGAUAUUGAGUAGUUAUGUGCUGAUAUUUUACUCUUUUGGCAUUAAAUUACAGGGUCAAAAGUAUUGCCGAAUCUCUCCAAAGUGGAGAUGUUGAUCAAAGCAUUGGGGAUGCAAUCGACAGGAGAAAUAAGUUUCUCAGCCUAUUUAGAUGCAUAUGACAAUAUAUCUAAUGCAAUUGAUUGGUUUGAGUUUUUUAAUGAUACUAAAACUGAAAAGCAAUCAAUACAUACCCAAGAAAUUGACAAUAACAAAUUAUAAUAAUCUAUAGAUAAUUUAUAAGAUGAAGUGUUAUCCUGUAUCAUUUAGUUAAAGAAUUCCAAAAGAGGAGGAGAAUCAAUAAUCUUCGAUGCAAACAUCAGUUAAAUUAAUUAAAUAGACAAUAAAAUAGAUGGGCCCUUUUAUGUUAGCAUUUAGACUCCAAAAAGACCUGGUGAUGUUGAUCCCUCUUAAGAGGUCAGCGUAAAAUAUUAAGCCAAUUAACCCUAAUUCUCUUUAUUUUAGAAUGAUUCUAGAAUUCAUAAAAUUGCUAGUUUUGGAAAGCAGGACAAACUAAUUGUUUUAGAACAGAAAAAAAUGAAAAAACCAAUGAGUGAAGAUUUUAGAAGAGCCACAAUUGCAAACAUUCCUAAAAAACACAAGGCCAUUUAUUUUGGACAUGAAAAUUGGAAUUUAGUGAUAUCCAUGAUGAUAGGAAUGAGAGCAUGUGCUUAGGCUUUGUGUCCUUUGUCCAUUGAAUUAAAAGACAAAGAUUUUAAGAGCAAAUACAUCUAUAAUAUUUCGAAUUCAAAUAAUUAAAAUAUUUGUUAUUAGUUUGUUGAUUAUGCAGGAUUGGUUUAUGAGAGGAUCAGAUCAAUCUUUAAAAUUUCAUAGAAACAUUAUUUAACAUCAAUUGGAAAGUUGACUAGUUUGAGUGAGUUAAGUUCGACUGGGAAGAGCGGAAGCUUUUUUUAUUUUACUGAUAAUGGAGAUUUUAUGAUUAAGACAAUAUCUAAGAACGAAUUUAAAUUGCUUUCAAGAAUUAUCUAACAGUAUUACCAAUAUAUAAGGGAUUAUGGUUCAACGUAUCUUUCUAAGAUAUUAGGUUAACAUGUUUUGAAGGCAUUUAAGGAUAAGACACUGAUUUCAAAGACCUAUAUAAUAGUAAUUGUAAAUGUAUUUUAAUCUCCGUUAUCUAUUGAUGUAAGAUAUGAUCUUAAGGGAUCCACUUAUGGUAGGAAAACGAAAAAAGCCAAUAAGAUCCCUGAUAAGAAUGUUGCGUUGAAGGAUCUGGACUUUUUAGACGAUAAGAAGAAAAUAUUGUUGGAUUCAGAAUUCACGAAAUCCUUAUUAGCUUAAUUUAAAAAUGAUGUACUAUUUUUGGAAUCUUGUUCAAUUAUUGAUUAUAGUCUUUUGAUUGGUAUACAUUCAAUAAGACACGACAGCAAUAUCAAAAACCAAGUUGUGUCAAAUGAUCAAAAGGAAGUGUAUUUUAUUGGAAUAAUUGAUAUUCUAACAGAAUAUAAUAUGCAAAAGCAAAUUGAAUAUUCAUUGAAACAUACAUUUGUUGAUUCAAACAUUUCAUGUGUUCCACCUAGGGAAUAUGCUAUGAGAUUCCUUAAUUUUAUCAAAUAGAAUGUAUUUGUAUGA